UUGCAGACAGAAGUCUGGUCUGGAGUUUGGAAACCGUAUUUAUGUACUCAAGCUGUACCGAGUGUCAAUCCUGGGAAAACUAUGGAAAUACUUUUGUUCCUGGGUGUAGUUGUAGCGAGUGCAGUCUCGGGUCCGGCUGGACACUACCAGGGGGAUAGAGUGCUUCGCCUGAUUCCGGAAACUGACCAGCACCUGCAAUUUCUCAGGAACGUGUCCCAUACUAGGAAGGUUGAUAUUUGGCAACCACAUUCAAUUGACUUGGUGACCACAGACAGGAGUGUGGAUUUCAGGGUGGGUGCUGAAUGGACCUCAGAUGUCCAGGCUGAACUGGAGAAGAUUGGAUUGCAAUAUGAGAUUUUAACUGAGAACUUGCAGAUCUUGAUUGAGAACCAGUUUGACCGAAUAAGGACCCGAUCAUUUAGCUAUGAUUAUGAAAGUUACCAUAACUGGGAUCAGAUUGAAUCCUGGAUUGCUACCAUUGCCAAUAAAAAUCCAAACCUAAUUUCGCGGCUUAAAAUUGGACAGAGCUAUGAGGGACGAGAUAUCUAUCUCCUCCGGGUUGGCAAGAGAACAGGUUCUCCGAAACCCGCCAUCUUCAUGGACUGUGGGAUCCAUGCCAGGGAAUGGAUCUCCCCAGCAUUUUGCCAGUGGUUUGUGAAAGAGGCUAUUAGAACGCAUGGAACAGAUUCUCUCCUGAACUGUCUUCUUAAUGAGUUGGAUUUCCUGGUUAUUCCUGUUCUAAAUGUAGAUGGCUAUGUCUAUUCUUGGACUGAGGAUCGACUUUGGAGGAAGACAAGAUCCAGGAAUUUUAACUCUGUCUGUGUGGGAACCGAUCCAAACAGAAACUUCAAUGCUCAAUGGUGUGCCAACGGAUCCUCAAAUAACCCAUGUUCUGAUGUCUACUGUGGACCAUUUGUAGAAUCUGAAAAGGAAGUCAAGGCAGUUGCAGACUUCAUCCGUAAUCACAGUUCAAUCAUCAAGGCUUAUCUCACAAUUCAUUCGUACUCACAGAAAUGUUUGUUCCCAUACUCCUACACCUAUUCAUUGGCAUAUAACCACAAUGAGCUGGCUAACCUCGCUCAGAAUGCAGUCUUGGCUUUGCAGAGUCUUUAUGGAACUCAGUAUACCUUUGGUUCUGGAGCAAGCUCACUGUAUCUCGCUUCUGGCGGUUCUGAUGACUGGGCCUAUGACCUUGGCAUCAAGUACUCGUUCACCUUUGAACUCCGUGAUACUGGCAAAUAUGGCUUCCUGUUGCCUGAAUCUCAGAUCAGACCAACCUGUGAAGAAACCAUGCUGGCUAUCAACUACAUCGCCAAUUACAUUCUAAACCAUCUGUAUUGACGCGUAGACUGAAUGAUAUGUAUUGGCUGACUUUAAAGUUUAAGGUUUAGAGUUGAAAUCUUUAUUGCAGGUGGAAGCAUUCAAACUAUUUAAAAAAAAAAUAAAAGCACACGAAAUGCAUCUAAAAGAUAGAGCAGGAACAUUCUAAAUAAGAUGAUUGACAAGCUAAACGUGGGGUGAUGUUCCUAAUGAUUGGGGAGUCCAGAACUGGGGUUCAUAGUCGAAGGAUACAGAGUGGGCCAUUUAGGACUAAGAUGAGUAGAAACCUCUUCACCCAGAGAGUAGUGAGCCGAGAUGUUGUCACAAUGUUUUUGAGGUGGAACAGAAGAGAUACAGGUAAGCAUGGGUGGAAAUCUAACCUAGCGGCAGUACCUACAAUAUCCUGUCCAGUUAGUAGUUACAAUGGAAUCUACACCAAGAAUCAUAGGGCCUGUAUCAUAGUUUCCUAUGAACCCCGUGUUCCCUCUCACCUCCAAUACUCUCUGACUCCCUUGUUCAUCAGUAAGUGCUAUUCUAUGAAUGUAGGCUCCUGCAUGUUACUGAGGAUAUGAAAAUAUAGAAACUAGGAGCUGGAGAAGGCCAUUCAGCCCUGCCCAGCCAUUCACUAAAUCAUGGCUGGUCUGAUUUUAACCUCAAUUCUACAUUUCUGUGUAUCUCUGACAAUCUUUUACCUUUUUGAUCAUCAAGAAUCUAUCUGCCUGAAAAAUAAACUCAGGCCUGCUCUGCCAUUCAGUAUGACAAUGGCUGACCAUCAGGGCCUUGUUCCCGCUUUCACCCCCAAACCCUUUGAUCCCUUUAACCCUAAGGCCAAUAUCUAACUCCUUAUUGAAAGCAUUUCAGGGUUUUGGCCUCAAUCAUUUUCUGUGGCUUAGAACUUCACAGGUUCUCCACUCUCUGGGUGAAGACAUUUCUCAGCUCAGUCCUAAAUGCCCUACCCGUUAACCUUAGACUCUGACCCCUUGGUUCCGGACUCUGUGGUUAAUGAGAACAUCCUUUUGCAUUUACCUUGUCUAGUCCUGUUAGAAUUUUAUAGCUUUCCAUAAGAUUCCCCUCAUUUUUCUAAACUCCAGUUAAUUUAGUCCUAACUGAUACAGUCUGUCUUCAGAGGCAUGCAACCUGAUAUAGCCCUCUGCCUGUCUUGGCAAUCUCUGGAGUUCUUUUAAUGCCCAAAAUGGGUUUUGCAAAGGGUUGUUGCUCCCUCACGUGUCAGUGUUCUGAUUGACUAUUCCAAUGGAAAAGUUUGAUUGGCUGAUACAAGGUUUCGUGGGGUGUUGGUGAUGCUGGCUGGGCAAGAGAGAGAAAAUGGGAUGGGGGAGUGAGAUAAACAGAGUGGGAAAGGUAGGAGAGUGUGUGUGUGUGAGAGAGAAAGAGAUUGAAAAAGGGGGAGAGUGAGAGGGGCAGAUUGGAAAAGGGGGGAAAGUGAGAUAACAGAGUGGAAAGUGGAGGAGCAUGAGACAGUGAGAGGCAAUGAAGGAAUGUGAGCGGUCAGAAUGAAUCAAACUGAAGUGACUACCUGUGUAAUUUGUAUACAAUCGCAGUGAAAGUAAAGGUUUUUAAAUAUUGGGCUUGGUCUUUGGUUAGGUUUGAUGAAAUAGGGUGUAAUAUCUUCAAAGGUGGAAGAAGUUGAUUAGGUAAUUGAUUAGAAGUUGAAAGGUGGAAGAAGUUGGAGUUCAACCUGGUCAUCAAUGGAUUUGAGUUUUUGUUGUAAUGAUUGAUUAGGGUUGCAUUAAAGAAAGUUGAAAGGAACCAGAGAUUACCUCAAUCUUCGAUGGAGUUCAGUAAUCACAGAGCACCCAGACCGAUAUUGAGGGCUAUAUUCUCCAUGGAAAACUGGCCUUAAAACUCUGCAACAUUGCGUCUGUCCCAACGACACUGCUGAAAAUCUCAUCCACAUCGUUAUUACUUCCAGAUACAUCUAUUCAAAUGCUCUACUUUGUGUUUUGUUAUUCGUUUUUAUUUGUAAGAGAUAGAACAUAGAACAAUACAGCGCAGAACAGCCCUUCGGCCCUCAAUGUUGCACCGACCU